AAAUUUAUGUGUUAAUCUCCGAUUAAUCUGAGUAAAGUCAUAAACCAAUUUUAAUUGUAGUCUAUGUGUUUGUUGAAAGUCGACUAAUUACAAAACAAAAAAAGAGGGAGGCAGAACCUAACGGUAUUUUAAAGCAGCCGCACCUAACGGUCACUUGAAAGUUCGGUAGUUGAAGUCUACAGCUAGAGAAAACAGAGAGAUAACAUAUAGACAAAAAUCGAUAAGCACAGCCCAAAAAAUCACCUUGAACAUUUAUUUUAUUUCUUCUGUACCUUCUCUUCAAAUCUUCAACUUCCCUUUUACGAUAAUGCUCUCUUUUAUGUAUUCUCUAAACUGGUCUUUUUCUUUUUCUCUACUAAUAGCACAGUUUUUCACUUAUGGGAUUCCUUAAAUUCUUCUCUAUUUUCUCUUCAGAUAACCAUAGCCAUCAUAACAGCAGCCACAGCAACAACAGUGCCCUUCCUUCUCAUGCUCUCCUUCUACGCGAAGACCUUGUUAAAAGUCCUGAAAACUUCAUUACCAGUAAUGGGUUUUCUGUUUUUAAUUACUUGCGUCGCCUUUUGUCUGGAAAGAAAAUUCACGGUGGUGCAAGGACUGAUGAAGAGGAGAAAGUAUAUUCUUGGUUAUAUGCAUUGGCGCAAUCGGAUAAAGAUUUGGUUUAUGAGUAUGUUCGAUCUACAGAAAGGGGUUUGAGCUUCAGUGAAGCUGAGAGGAGACUGAAAGAAAAUGGUCCAAAUGUUCCUCUAGAAUAUCAUUUUCCAAGCUGGUGGCAUCUUCUGUGGACUGCCUUUUUCCAUCCUUUUAAUAUUAUUUUGAUUGUGCUGUCAGCACUGUCAUACAUAACUAGUGACAGUCCAAAUGGAUGCAUCUUGCUCAUUCUGGUUUUUAUUAGUGUGAGCCUUAGAUUCUACCAGGAAAACAGUAGUUCAAAAGCUGCCAUGAAACUCUAUGAGUUUGUGAAGUGUCCAGUAAAAGUUCAAAGAUGUGCAGGUAGAGUUGUUCAGACAGAGUUAGUAGUUCAAGUUGAUCAAAGAGAUAUUGUUCCUGGGGACAUUGUCAUCUUCGAACCAGGGGACCUUUUCCCAGGCGACGUGAGAUUAUUAUCUUCUAAGCAACUUGUUGUAAGUCAGUCCUCAUUAACAGGCGAGUCCUGGACAACUGAAAAGACAGCUAACACCAAAGAAAAUGCGAGCACUCCUUUGCUAGAGCUAAAGAAUAUUUGUUUCAUGGGUACAAACGUGGUAUCAGGUAGUGGGACAGGUCUGGUUGUUUCCACUGGAUCCAAGACAUACAUGAGUACCAUGUUCUCAACUAUCGGGAAGCAGAAACCACCAGAUGGAUUCGAGAAUGGCAUUCGGCGAACAUCCUAUGUCCUUAUUGGUGUUAUGCUUAUAGUAAUGACAAUAAUAAUUGUGACUUCUUACAAUAAAUCACGCGACUUGAGCGAGAGUAUUCUUUUUGGACUCUCAGUGGCAUGUGCGUUAACUCCUAAUAUGCUUCCCCUCAUUGUUAACACAAGUCUUGCAAAAGGAGCAGUUGCCAUGGCGAAAGACAGAUGUAUUGUCAAAAGCUUAGCUGCUAUACGAGAUAUGGGAUCCAUGGAUAUACUAUGCAUGGACAAGACCGGUACACUGACCAUGAACCGUGCAAUUGUGGUUAAUCAUCUUGACAGCUGGGGUUCACCAAAAGAAAAGGUUUUGCGCUUUGCAUUCCUUAACUCUUACUUCAAGACAGAUCAAAAAUAUCCUCUAGAUGAUGCUAUCUUGGCAUUCGCGUACACAAAUGGAUACAGAUUCCAGCCCUCCAAGUAUAGGAAAAUAGAUGAGAUCCCUUUUGAUUUUACACGAAGACGAGUAUCUGUUAUUUUGGAAACUGAGUCAGAUGCAAAAGGCAGAAAUAGCCAAGUUCUUGAUAGAUACAUGGUAACUAAGGGAGCAUUGGAAGAAAUAAUGAAAGUUUGCUCUUUUAUUGACCAUGUUGAUAGGGGCACCAUGACCACAUUCUCUUCAGAAGAUUACCGCAGGAUUCUAAAUAUGGGAGAAGAUUUAAGCGACCAGGGCUUGAGGAUUAUAGGAGUUGCAAUAAAAAGGCUUGGAAUGCAAAGAAGUGAUCCAUGCACCGCUGAAGAUGAGGCCACUGAAACAGAUAUGGUUUUCCUUGGUGUAGUUGCAUUCUUUGAUCCACCAAAGGACUCAGCGAAGCAAGCUUUGUGGAGGCUUGCAGAGAAGGGAGUAAAAGCAAAAGUGUUAACAGGUGACUCCCUAUCCCUGGCAGUAAGGAUCUGUGAAGAACUUGGGAUUAGAACCGCCUAUGUAACAACAGGACCAGAGCUCGAGGAACUCAAUCAGGAUGACUUUCACGAGACUGUUAAAAGAGCAACAGUACUUGCACGGCUGACCCCAACUCAGAAACUCCGAGUGGUACAAUCCUUGCAAACAGUUGAUGACCAUGUAGUUGGAUUCCUGGGAGAUGGGAUUAAUGACUCACUUGCAAUAGAUGCUGCCAAUGUAGGUAUCUCCGUCGACUCAGGGGCAUCAGUUGCGAAAGACUUUGCUGAUAUCAUAUUACUAGAGAAAGAUCUCAACGUCCUUGUUGAUGGGGUCGAGCAUGGUCGUCUCACUUUCGGUAAUACCAUGAAGUACAUUAAAAUGUCGGUUGUUGCCAAUGUAGGAAGUGUUCUUUCAAUUCUUAUAGCAACUCAGCUGCUAGAUUUUGAACCAUUGACUCCAAGGCAGCUCCUGGCACAAACUUUCAUUUAUAGUGUGGGUCAAAUUGCAAUUCCAUGGGACAAGUUGGAAGAAGAUUAUGUGAAAACUCCGCAGAAAUUGUCUCAUAAAAGCUUACCCAUGUUCAUAUUAUGGAAUGGCCCUGUGUGCACUCUAUGUGAUAUAGGUAACCUUCUAUUCCUUCGCUUUUACUACAACGAAAGCGAGGAUCUUUACGACAAAUUCUUCCAUUCUGCUUGGUUCGUUGAAGGGCUACUGAUGCAGACGCUCAUUUUUCACUUGAUUCGGACAGAGAAAAUCCCUUUCAUUCAGGAAAUUGCCUCAUGGCCAGUGCUCUGUUCAACGAUUGUCAUUUCGGCUAUUGGAAUUGCAUUUCCGUUCACAAUAAUAGGAAGAUUUAUGGGAUUUACUAGUCUACCAUUGUCAUAUUUUGGGUUUUUAGUUUUACUUUUUCUAGGAUAUUUUACAGUUGGCCAAGUGGUCAAGAGAGUGUAUAUUUUCAUUUACAAAAAAUGGCUUUAGAGAAAUAGUAUACAACUUUACAAGAAAGUAUAUUUUGCAAGAAAUAGCCAAGAGAGAGAGAGAGAGAGAGAGAGAGAGACCAGGUGAAAAAAUUUAUUCCCCUUUGUAUAUUAUUGAGGAUAAGAAUUUAAUAGUUCCAUGUUUUUUACAGGCUGAUUGGCAUUUAUGGUAAGAUAUUACUGACCCUGCAAAUUUGCAGUAUGAAUGAAA